AUGAGGAGAGAAAGUGAAUCGCAAUCGGAUGAUUCUGGAAACGAAAGACCCUCCGGAAGCAAAAAAAUUAAAUAUUCGCGAAAAUUUAACAAAAAGUGGCUAAAGAAUCCCGAUUUUAGUAGUUGGUUAGAGCAGGGGGAAGAAACUGGUGCGUACUGUAAAGCUUGCAAGAAAAAUAUAUCGGUUAAAACAACGGGAAAACAAGCCCUUAUAAGGCAUAAUACUAGCGAAAGUCACAAAAAAAUGUUAAAAUCUGUAAAAGGCCAGCAAACAUUAGUAUCUUUUAAAAAAUUUAGCAAUUUAGAGAAAUCAGCAAAAAUAAGUGAAAUGUACCUAGCAGCGUUCGUCUCAGAACAUAAUUUAUCCUACAACAUAAUGAACCAUUUUGUACAACUUCUUCCCAAAAUAUGUCCCGAUUCAGAAAUAGCACGAAAUGCUCCGCUAUAG